CUCAACUAUACUUUAAUAGUACAUCACUGGCGCAAAGUACAUUUUUUGAGACAUUCAUAAAUUUACAAAUUUAUAAAUUUUGUCUUUAAAAAAAUGUUAUCACGAGCAGCUUUGCGUACAGUUGCUGCCCGCCAGUCCGCGUCGACGGCGCUGGUGGCGCGAGGCUCCGCCACCGACAGUGGUGUGCGUGACGAGAAGAAUUUCCCUCGUCCCGUGAGAGGGGAACCCGGAAAAGUCAGGCUUGGAUUUAUCCCUGAAGAAUGGUUCCAAUUCUUCCACUCGAAGACUGGUGUGACUGGUCCAUACACAUUCGGAGUUGGUCUCGCCACAUACCUGUUCAGCAAGGAGAUCUAUGUGCUGGAGCAUGAGUACUACACUGGUCUGUCUCUGCUGGUGAUGGUCUACAUCGCGACCAAGAAGUUUGGACCAAACCUUGCUGCGUGGUUAGACAAGGAAGUGGAGUCCGUAGAGAAGGAUUGGAACGCGGGCCGCCAGCAGACCAUCACAGACCUGCAGGAGGCGAUCGAGAAUGAAAAGAAGGCGCAGUGGCGUGCUCAGGGCCAGGAGCAGCUCAUCGAGGCCAAAAAAGAGAAUGUUCUCCUGCAGUUGGAGGCUGCGUACAGGGAGCGUGUCAUGAACGCGUACAGUGAAGUAAAGCGACGCUUGGACUACCAACUCGAGAAGGCGAAUGUGGAACGCCGCCUAUCCCAAAAGCAUAUGGUUGAAUGGAUAGUCGCCAAUGUGACCAAGGCCAUCACCCCAGACCAGGAGAAGCAGACCCUGGACCGCUGCAUCGCUGACCUGAGCGCGCUGGCCGCCGCCAGGAAGUAAAUGGGAGUCAUCAAUCAUUUAGUAAUUUAUAAUAUUGUAAUAUAAUGAAAUAAAUCAUGUUCCAAGUUUA